UGCUUGUGGAUGACGCUGGAACCAUCUUUGACAGUUUCUCUACAGUAGGGGCGCAGAAAAGCGAAACCCAAAUAUGUCUGUUCUCCAAUUUCACUCGUUUCCAGCAUGUCAGUAAAGAAUAUAACGCCGUGAAAAUAUAAAUUAGUUGCAGAAGGCUCGGCACAUCGCACCGCGAGAUGGAAACCCUGAUCCCCAUCAUUAACAGACUGCAGGAGGUUUUCCUCACCCUUGGUGCAGAGAUCAUUCAGCUUCCUCAGAUCAUAGUCGUGGGAUCACAGAGCAGUGGAAAGAGUUCAGUGUUGGAGAGUUUGGUUGGACGAGAUUUCCUGCCCCGGGGUUCAGGAAUAGUCACACGACGUCCUCUAGUGUUGCAAUUGGUGAACGUUCCACCGCUGGAGGAGAGGCGAAAACAAGACAAUGGAAACGGAGCUAAACAGAACUCUCAAAACAACUAUCCAGGAAUCAAAGCAGAGGAAUGGGGAACCUUCUUGCACUGCAAAAACCAGGUUUUCACAGAUUUCACAGAAAUACGGAAAGAGAUCGAGGAGGAAACAGAACGGAGUACUAACAAUAAGGGCAUCAGUUCAGAGCCCAUUUACCUGAAAAUCUUUUCCCCUAAUGUACUCAGUUUGACUUUGGUUGACUUGCCAGGGAUCACUAAGGUUCCAGUGGGUGACCAGCCUGAGGACAUCGAGACUCAAGUCCAAGAAAUGAUUCUGUCCUAUAUCUCCAAUCCCAACUCUCUCAUCCUGUGUGUGUCUCCUGCAAACUCUGACCUAGCCACAUCCGAUGCCCUCAAACUGGCGCGAGAGGUCGACCCAGAUGGUCGUAGGACUCUGCUGGUUGUGAGUAAGCUGGAUUUGAUGGAUGCGGGGACAGACGCUCUGGAGGUUCUGUUGGGUCGGGUCAUUCCGGUUAGACUAGGCAUCAUUGGUGUGGUUAACAGGAGCCAACAUGAUUUAAACACCCAAAAGAGCCUCGCUGACACCUGUAAAGAUGAACACGCAUUCCUGCAGCGUCAUUACCCAUCGCUAGCCUCACGCUGCGGCUCACGCUACCUGGCUCGCACCCUGAGCCGACUGCUCAUGCAUCACAUCAGGGACUGUCUCCCAGAGCUCAAGACACGAGUCACAGUGCUGACCGCCCAAUACCAGACCCGACUCAACAGCUACGGCCAGCCUGUGGAAGACCACAGCGCCACUUUGCUGCAGAUAGUCACCAAGUUUGCCACAGACUACUGCAGCACUAUCGAAGGCACUGCAAGAUACAUUCAGACCUCUGAACUGUGUGGAGGAGCUCGUAUCUGUUACAUAUUUCACGAGACGUUCGGAAGAACCCUGCAGUCCAUCGAUCCUCUGGGCGGUCUCAACGAACUAGAUAUUCUCACAGCUAUUCGAAACGCCACGGGCCCUCGUCCGGCUCUGUUUGUUCCUGAGGUGAGUUUUGAGCUGCUGGUGAAAAAGCAGAUCAAGAGAUUGGAGGAACCCAGCAUGCGCUGUGUGGAGCUGGUACAUGAAGAACUGCAGAGGAUCAUUCAACACUGCUCGGCUUACAGCACACAGGAGCUUUUGAGGUUCCCCAAACUGCAUGAUUCAAUAGUGGAGGUGGUGACCGGUUUGCUCAGAAAGCGCCUGCCAAUAACCAAUGAGAUGGUUCAUAAUCUGGUUGCGAUUGAGUUGGCGUAUAUAAACACCAAACAUCCCGAUUUCACAGACGCUGCCCAGGUCUCUGCAUCCGUCAACAGCCAGCAGGUGGAGACUGGCGAUGCAGGAAAGCAACGGAAAAAUGACAAGGUUCCUUUGGAAGAGAAAGGCCCUGUGUCCGGGUUCGGAAGCCCAAGCAAAGCCAUUAACCUGUUGGACACGGCUGUGCCAGUGUCUCGCAAACUGACCUCCCGCGAGCAGAGGGACUGUGAGGUCAUUCAGAGACUCAUCAAGUGCUACUUCCUGAUUGUACGGAAGAGCAUUCAGGACAGCGUGCCAAAGACUGUGAUGCAUUUCCUGGUGAAUUUUGUGAAAGAGCAUUUGCAAAGUGAGCUGGUUGGGCAACUCUACAAACAGCCUUUGCUGCAGGAACUCCUCAUUGAGUCUCAGGAAACAGCCCAACAGCGCACGGAGGUCGCACAGAUGCUAGAGGCCCUCAAGAAAGCCAGCAACAUUAUUUCAGAGAUUCGAGAGACUCAUCUUUUGUAGCCAAACGUUCUCAUGAAUAUUACGUCCAGGAAAGUGUUUACAUGUCUAUGUGUGUGAGUGAGUAUGAUACAGGUCAAAUACAUUAUAUCACUCUAUAUAAGACAUCCAAUGCCUCUGCCAACAAGAACAUGCAUGAAAAUGUGUACAGUUUUUCAACUUGGCAAUAUUUCUACUGUAUAUGCACAGUAUUUCAUAAUUAUGUGUUUGACAGACGUCUGUGCUUAUGUGUUUGUACACUGUAGGUCAACAUAUAGUAAACAUAUCAAAGUCCCUGUCGCUUUCUUCAGCUUUAUAAUAGUUUGUCUAUAGGUUAAUAGUUUGUCCACAGGUGAGCAUUGCAUCAAAUACUUUAGAAUUUAACAUUGUUACAUUUAGGAAUAUCUAAAUAUUCAUAAAUCCAAAUAACUGAUUAAAGGAAUUGUUAUAGGAAGACCAAACAACUGAAUAUUUUGUCAUCUUACACUCGCACUUAAAGAUUGUUUACAUAAUGUUGAUAUUUAAAUCAUUGAUAUUUAAUUCAUUGAUAACGGGUACGUUUUGAAUGACUUGAGGGGGAGUAAAUGGUGAUAUAAUCGUUCAUUUUUAUUUGACUAAAUAUGAUGUGCCAAUAAUUUUUUUUUAAACGACCAAAUUCAUGCAUUUUGGCAAGGUUUUACAUUGCACAGGAACUUAGUAAUAUAAUUUCACAUAGCCAUUAUAGGCUAAAACCUAAAUCUUAACUAGCUUUAUUUAAGCUAAAGACAAACAGAUGAAUACAGUCUAUUAUUAUGUUACACUUUGGAUCAUUAGUAGUGAUAACUUGUGACUGACGUCUAGAAAUGAUGAUGCAGAGUAAAACGCUGUAGAACAAAGAGCUUUGUGCUUUGCUGUGCUUCAAAUCACACUCGGAGGUGCCUGAGACUUGACUGCCAUGUAAUAUUUAUGCUUGUAUGAAUAAUUAUUGUGAGAGUAAAUAGGCCAGUAUCAGAGAAGGUCAAAUGAGGAACAAAGACUUGAGAACGGCCCAUGCGAAUCGCUGCCGAAAGCACUGAACACCUAGAAGAGUUGCCAAGUGUUCAGUGUCAGAAAUUAAAACUUGGUGCACAAAUGA